UGGAUCGCGAGUCAGUAGCACAUGAGCGCUCGUUCCGCGAGCAUCGCGAGUCGGUUGACAUAUAUUUAUAUAUAUGUAUGCAUAUAUAUAGGUUAUAUAUGUGUGUGUAGAAAGAGAAAAAAGUAUCAAAAUAAAGAGGAUAGCAGGAAUUACUAAAAUGUCAGCCAAUCGACCGUGGAUCUCGUGAAUCGAUCAUAACACUUUUGUAUUAUUAACAAAAUUCUAAAAGCCAUCGAAGUUUCUGGAGAUUUUUUCGGUUGUUACGAAAAAAUUUGAUUUACGUUUUUUUGUUUAUUUUUUCAUAUUGGCUUAACUUUUGUGUGAUCUACGCUCUCGUACGCAAUCCGAUUACAAGGGUGUUUGUUUUCCUUUUUUUUUUUUUUAAUAUUCUUGGAUAAGAAUAAAAUAAACUCCGAGGAUAUAUCGAAGAGUGCGCGAUAAAACUCGUGUUUUAUGUACUUACGAGAAGACUCGAACGGAGGAUUACGAUCGAGAGCCGCAACAAAUCACUUGCUCUGCAGGGCUCGGUCAUCUUUCGGGGAUUUUGAAAAUCCUCGAGUUCGUUUCCUUGUGGAAAUCACUAUUUAUGAAACAAUCAAUAUUGUCAAACAAUAUUAAACGGUGAAUUGAACAAAUUUGGGAUAAGCAAUUUUUUCAUCGCUCUUUCUAAUCGCAUUUUUCGCACGACGACGAGCGCCACCGAGAAGACUUCCGGUGUUGGCACGCGUUUCUGCAUUCGCGAGAACGCUCUCUCGUGUUUACCCUUUUUGUGGACGUGGAAAAAAAAAUCUCGUUUUUUCUCGACCCAGAAAGAAAAAUAAAAAACUGCCAAAAAUAAUUGUCAAGGUAUUGCGAUAAAAAAAAAAACAGAACGGAAAAGAAAUCGCUUCCGAAAGUCUCGAUACCUCAAGAUUUCGUCGCUCAAUCGAAAGUGUGCUUGUGAAUCGUUUUUAUUUCGUUUCUCAUCGCCGUUUAACCGAAAUAAGUGAAGUGACACGAUCAUUUGGUUGUUGGGUUCUUUUUAACCGUCUUCGCGAGAAAUAAAAUUCACUAAAAUGGUGCCCCAACAACAAGACAGUCCCGCCAACACGGGAGGCCAACUUUUCGGUUCUCUACUUGUGGAUAAAAAUUCGUCCACCCCCUAUUCCGACGCUACUCAGACAAAGAAGAACAAUCCGAACCACAUAAAGCGACCGAUGAACGCGUUCAUGGUUUGGUCACAGAUCGAGAGAAGGAAGAUUUGCGAGGUUCAGCCAGACAUGCACAACGCCGAGAUCAGCAAGCGCCUCGGUAGGCGUUGGAAGACCCUCGACGAGGCUGACAGAAGGCCCUUCAUCGAGGAAGCCGAGAGAUUGCGUCAGUUGCACAUGAUGGAAUAUCCGGAUUACAAGUACAGACCGAGGAAAAAGACGACUAAACCGGCGCCAACACCCAAGACCAAAGAGGUCAAGAAGAGCAAAAAAUCAGCCUCGCUUUCCUCCUCCUCCUCCUCCUCCUCCUCGUCCGCUUCCUCGCCAUCGCUCUCAUCCACAACGAACUCUUCGUCGCUGAGCUCAACGUCACCUUCCCCGAUGACGAUGAGCACAGCGAUCGGUACGACGUUGACGUCGAGCUCGAUCAAGCCCCGAAAUGAUUCUAACAACAACACUCACUCGCCGCUAAAAAGGCUCCAAAAUCAUCCAGCGACGAGCUCCGUGUCGAGGCUCAAAGUUAGACUCGCAAUGGAAAAAAGGCCGAGCCACAGCACCGUACCAUCGCCCCAGUCGAGUCCGACGUCAACGACGACAGCGACAGCGACAACGACGACUAAAUCAUCGAGCAACAUGAGCAUGGACUACACUCCAGCCCCGCCAAUAGUCACUGCCAAGGUGCCCAGCAGUCCAUCCUGCGACACUCCGGAUUCUCCCGAAUCGGCGAGCUACUACGACGACCACUUUGUCGAUUGCGGCUCGAGUUUGACCUCCAGAAUGUGCGGCAGCACGAGCACCAGCAACAACAACAACAACAACAACAACAACAACACCUCCAGCAACUGCAGCCUCAACGCUUCAGCCCUCAGCCCGGUUCACCAUCCGAUAAAACCCGAGAGGAUCAAGCAAGAAGAAAUCGACAUUGAUUACCAGACCGAGUUCACGAACGACAGGCUUCUAUCCUCGGUCCGAGGCUUCAACGACCUCAGCGCCAUCCAGAGGAAUUUCCAGAGGACCUCGACUCCCUGCCACCUCGACAAUUACAUCGUGAAACAAGAGCCCAACGACCGAACGUCCGCCGGCCUCGUCAGCCCCGCGGUCCAAACCCCCAACAACAAUUCCUCCGGCAUCGUCACAGUCAAACUCGAAGAACCGACCAACACGAGCCUCGCCGAUCUCUAUUCCCUCAACGAUCUCCUCCAAAUACAACCGUCCGAUUUCAAGCUCGACUUGGACAUGGAGACCAUAACCACCGAUCUCGAUUCCUUCGAAACGGACAGCUCGAGCAACGGCUCCCAUUUCGAAUUUACCUGCACACCGGACGUAACCGACAUGCUUUCCGACAUCGGUGUCGGCAACGAGUGGGUCAGCUUCUGAGACCAAGAUCCCGACGACAACGACGACGACGACGACGACGAUCCUAAGAUCGUCGUUCCCUCGGUCAAAUCUUGACGUUAUUACCGUAACUAAAACUCCAACGGUUUCAUCCCCCCGCCUCACCUUAACAAUUGCAGGCUCAGGAACUAGCCGAACGCGCUCACAAACCGGGCUCUCAAGUUGACAAAAACCCUUCCGUACAUACACACACACACACACACACACAUACACAGGCACACACCCACACCAAGCCCCUCGGAUAAACCUAUUCGGCCACUCCGGGCCUCGCCGACUCUACACGAUUCUACGGGCUUUCGUGUGCUAUCGCGAGUCUCGAUCUCAUCGGAAGGUGUCACGGCUCCAGUCAAUAUCGCCUCGUCCAAGGUCGAUGAGUCUCCUUCGAGAGUUACGAUUUCUUUUUAUUUUUUCAUUCUUUUAUCUCAAAUCUAUAAAUAUAUAUAAAUAAAAACAACAAAAAAAAGUAUAUAUAUAUAUAUAAAUAUGAAUAUUACAUGUGUAAGGACGUAAAAAAAGAAAAAUGAAAAACGAGCAAACCGUUUGACGAAUCGUGGGACAAACGGAGGGGGGGGGGGGGGGGGGGACGAUGACCACGUCGAACGUGGUCCAAUUGUGUCGGUGUGUUAUACCCUUCGAAGGAGAGUGUUUUUUAACAAGCCAUACAAGCUCAUGGUUACAUUGUACGAUAGCCGCGAAAACAGAUAACAACAAACACAUACACACACACACACACACGAAACUUUCGCGCGACACAAAACACUCGCGAAUUCUUUCAUAUUAAUAAUUAUUCCCGUAGUUUUUUUCAGAGUUAUAAAUCAACGUUUUUUUGUAUAUGUAUUGUAGUAUACUAGCGACUUAAGGAAAUACGAAAUUGGGGAAAGAGAAAAGAAAGUCCCUCUUUUUUCUUUAGUUUACGAUAAUAAGAAGAAAAUUGUGACGCUCAGAGGGACGUAGUUGGCGUAGAAGCUUGUCGAAGAUCCGGGACCAAGCUCGCUCUCAUUCUUCAGCUGCUUUUCCAUAAGAAUCGAGUAUCCGUUGCCGUUUACUCGGACUCGCAAGUUUUCGCGGGUCGCACAAGCUUUCAAUGAGUUUCGAAGCUCCGUUGGAAGCAACGUUUUCUUAGCCAGUUUCGUCAUUUCGUGUUUUUACGUUUAUUCCGAACUUGGGCCGGCUUGCAGCCUCGGUUCGGACUGGUACUCGAGUUCGGCGACGUGCCGGUGUCUCGCGCGAGUUCGAGGGACACUCGAUACCGUCUUACGGUUAUUCUAUAGUUUUUCUGCUUCGUUCGUUGGUUCCGGACUUCGGAGGAUAAACAAAAAAUAUAAAACGAGCAAAGGUAAAAGGGAAAAUGAAGGAAAACAAAAACAACAGCAGCAACAACGUCCCUCGUUUGUUGUGUAUCUCGAAUAGAAAAAUAUUCAUUAAUAUAUAUAAAACUCUUGUGACGACAAGUGUCGAAAGAGAGAAAGAGAGAGAGAGAGAGAGAGAGAGGGAGAGAGAGGAAGCAAAGAAGAAGUAGUAAAGAGCAGGGCGGAAGGGAGGGAGAGAAAGUGGCAGAUAAAAAGUAAAAGAGCCACGACGAAGAACGUGGCGGCGUCGUAAGCUCGUGACGAUGUCAAGGAGUGUCUGGAUUUUUCUCGUUAAAUUCGUUUUUUCGUUUUUUUUUUCUUAUCUUUCUCCCUUAGUCAUACGAUGUGGAGAAAUGGCAAACUUACGCCAACUCAUACUACACACACAGACACACACACACACACACACACUCACUCACAACAUUCGACACACGCACACACUCGUUUCUCGAUUCCAUAACCAUGGAAUCGUGAGUUAGAAACAGUUACGAGUAGGAGAAUAAAUGAAAAA